CAGCUUCAUUGUUCACCCGCCGCCUGAAACAAAAACAAGAGGACCUGGGAGAGGGAAAGAAGAAGAAGAAACGGGUUCAAGCAAUACGCAUUUGGCAUCAAACCCACACAAAGCCUCAAACUUCUUCCUUCUCUUUCCACUCUCUCACAUUCUCUCGCACUACUUCCCCAUUCCUACCUUGAUUCAGAUUUCAAUCCUUCAAAUUUGCGCCACCGAUACCCCAUUUUCUCUUCCUCUGUUAUUAUCCCCGUAAGAAAAAAAAGAACCGUUUUUGCGUGUAACAGAGAAGCGCCCCCUCGUUGCCACUGAAGUGUGUUUGCAUGUUGCAUAGGAGAAGAAACAAAAAAAAGAGGGGUUUCGUUAGAGAGAACAAAAAAAUGAAGUACGUGUUGGUGACAGGUGGAGUUGUGAGUGGACUUGGGAAAGGAGUCACUGCAAGCAGUAUUGGAGUGCUCCUUCAGGCUUGCGGCUUUCGGGUUACUUCUAUCAAGAUUGAUCCCUAUCUGAACACUGAUGCAGGGACAAUGUCCCCUUUUGAGCAUGGGGAAGUGUUUGUUUUAGAUGAUGGCGGUGAGGUUGACCUUGAUCUUGGAAACUAUGAACGUUUCUUGGACCUCAAAUUAACUUGUGACAAUAAUAUCACAACUGGGAAAAUAUAUCAGUCUGUUAUUGAAAAGGAGAGAAGAGGAGAUUAUCUUGGCAAGACUGUGCAGGUUGUUCCACACAUUACUGAUGCCAUCCAAGAAUGGAUAGAGUGUGUGGCACAGAUACCAGUUGAUGGAAAAGAAGGCCCAGCUGAUGUUUGUGUUAUUGAGUUGGGUGGAACUAUUGGAGAUAUUGAGUCUAUGCCUUUUAUUGAAGCACUUGGCCAAUUUUCAUACCGUGUAGGCCCUGGCAACUUCUGUUUAGUUCAUGUCAGCCUGGUGCCUGUUCUCAAUGUUGUUGGUGAACAGAAAACAAAGCCAACUCAACACAGUGUCCGCCAACUUAGAGGGUUAGGGUUGACCCCAAAUCUUCUUGCUUGUCGCAGUUCAAAGGAACUUGAUGACAAUGUUAAGGAAAAACUUUCUCAAUUUUGUCAUGUUCCGUCAUCAAGCAUACUAACUCUCUAUGAUGUUCCAAAUAUUUGGCACAUUCCUUUGCUAUUAAGAGACCAAAAGGCGCAUGAGGCAAUCCUGAAAACAUUAAACCUGCGAGGUGUUGCUACAGAGCCUAAUUUUAAGGAGUGGAUUGCGACAACAAAAGUAUAUGACAAAUUUCAUGAAAUGGUUAGAAUUGCAAUGGUGGGAAAAUAUACUAACCUCUCAGAUGCAUAUCUUUCUGUACUGAAGGCACUUUUGCAUGCUUCUACUGCUUGCAAUCAUAAGCUUGUUGUGGAUUUGGUUCCCGCUGAACAUCUCGAAGAUGAUACCUCUAAAGAGGAUCCUGAUGCAUAUAAAGCUGCUUGGGGUCUUUUGAAGGGUGCUAAUGGGAUUCUAGUUCCAGGAGGUUUUGGUGACAGAGGAGUGGAAGGAAAAAUUCUUGCUGCCAAGUAUGCUCGAGAAAAUAACAUUCCAUAUCUGGGCAUUUGCUUGGGGAUGCAAAUUGCUGUCAUUGAGUUUUCAAGAUCUGUUCUGGGUCUUCAUGAUGCUAAUAGCACAGAAUUUGAUCCCAAAACCGAAAACCCUUGUGUCAUAUUUAUGCCAGAAGGUUCAAAGACUCAUAUGGGGGGAACUAUGCGUCUUGGUUCAAGGAGAACUUACUUUCAUGUUGCUGACUGCAAAUCGGCCAAGUUGUAUGGUAAUGCAAGCUUUGUUGAUGAGCGACAUCGGCAUAGAUACGAGGUUAAUCCUGAUAUGAUAUCACAACUUGAGAGUGCUGGUCUAUCUUUUGUUGGCAAAGAUGAAACUGGGAAGCGCAUGGAGAUAGUUGAAUGUCCCAGUCAUCCUUUCUUCAUUGGUGCUCAGUUUCAUCCUGAGUUCAAGUCCAGACCAGGGAAACCUUCUCCAUUAUUCUUAGGAUUAAUAUCAGCAGCAUGUGAGAGGACAAUUGUGCCUGCAAGCAAUGGCUAUAGCAAGUUAACAAAUGGGAUACACUCACCAUUGUUGAAAGCAGCAGCAGCACAUAAUGGAAAUAAUGGGUUCAAAUCUUCCAAUAGUUCCUUAAAUGGUGUAUAUACAAGUACAACUACCAAUGGGGUGUGUUGAUGGGAGGAGCUGUUAAUCAAUCAUCUGGGUUCUUUCCUUUUUUGCUUACAAAUGUGGGUUUGAUUUUUCUCCAAUGACAGUUUUGUCCACGGGGUUAGCUUGUACAGUUUCUAGUGGACUUUUAGCUCAUAAGGGGAUUUGUCUCUCCAGCAUAUGAAGCAAUUUUGAUUAUUUAACUGCUUUUUAUGUUUCCAAGUUCCAUCCAAUCAUAUAAUACCCAAGCUUGUGGAUGAUACUUGUUCUCAAUGAAAUCAAAAUAUGGUUGUAGCCUAUGAUUUUAAUUUUCAUAAAACACCGUAAUUUCCCUUCC